UUUUUUUGUGUUGUAGUAUUCAACCUAUACCUGACACUCGGUUUAAUUAAACUAGUUGACUGACUAUAGGUGAACUACCAUUUUGGAAUCAAAAAUGUCUGUGUUUAUUGAUAUUUGAUUGGGAAAUGUGCCAUUCGUUUCUAUUAUUAGAAUUACAAGUAUUCUUGCAUGAUUAAUACACAAAGACACUCCCCUAUCACUAUCGUAGAAGGCAUUCAAGAAACCAAGGUUAAAACCCAUGACUUGGUUGUGAUCGACUCACCUGUAAUAAUUGAAGAUCUCAACAUCGUAGAAGAAUCAAAUCACAAGAAGAAUGCUUUAUUUCUGUAAUUUCCCGUUGAGAUUGACAUAAUGCUGUAAGCAUCUGUAUCAACAACAGCUCAGAUUGCUUUCGGAAAACAUUUCAAAUUCUCCUGGUCGAGUGCAGUGAACAAGUAAUCAACUAGAUCUGAAAGUCCUGAACAGAUGCCAUUUGUACCUAAUAUUGAUUAUUCCUGAUUGAUUUCAAAUGAACAAAUAUUUUCAACCAGUAAAUGUUUGAAUAUUCUCAGUAUGUACAACUAAGGCAUAUUGGUUGAUAUUGUAAAAGAGUCAAUAUGGAGGGGGGGUGGUAAGUAAUCACCAAUACAUCAGUGACUCAAUUGGUAUUUUUUCAUACUUCUUACCGAAUGUGAUCAAAUAUCUUAAUAGGUCAUGCACAAUGUUCGGAAAACACUCCAGAUUCUGCUGGUUUCGGGAUCUGCAAAUAUAGUUGCAACUAGAACAGAGUAACGUUAACAGGAAUGAGACGUCUGACAAUCACAACCAACUAACCCUACUCUGAUUCUAGUUGAUCCCACUUGCGUUAACUCAACUACCAGCAGACACCUGGAAUGCUCUCCCUGGUAGUGGGACAACAAAGAAUAUUGAUUGACACCUCGAAAAGUGUUGCAGUUUCAGACUAAAAUUGAAUCAAUUGAAUUAAUUUGGCGUCAAUAGUGCUUCAGAAACAAACAACAUAUCAAUUAAACUAUACUUACCUUUACCUAAACGAUUAAACGUGUUAAUAGAAUAGGUC